CCAAGGCUGAGGCUGCUACAUCAGAAUCAGAACCUCACACUACAGCCAUUGUUACAUCUCUCUCUCUCUCUCUCUCUCUCUCAACAACGCCAUUGCCAUGUCUUUCCUUUCCAAUUCGAAGCUUCUCCGAUGGAAACCCUCUCUUCAUCCUUUCAUUCCCAAACCCUCCCUCCCCUUCUCCGCCUCCACCGCCGAACAUCUCUCCGAUCCUGACCCCGAUCCAAGAGAAACUACCAUUUCCACCCAAGAGAAAAAACCACCUCUUCCCGAACCUGAAAAACGCACCGUUUCGAACAAGGACAAACUCGAGGUUGUUAUCUGCAGGAUGAUGGCGAACCGGGCCUGGACCACCCGGUUGCAGAACUCGAUCCGUUCCAUGGUUCCCCGGUUCGACCCGUCCCUCGUUUGGAACGUUCUUCACGGCGCCAAGAGCCCCGAGCAUGCCCUUCAGUUCUACCGUUGGGUGGAGCGUGCGGGUUUGUUCAACCAUGACAGGGACACCACUCUCAAGAUGAUUCAAAUCUUGGGUCGUUACUCGAAGCUCAACCAUGCACGUUGCAUUGUUCUCGACAUGCCCAAAAAGGGCGUUGCUUUGGACGAGGACGUGUUCGUUGCCUUGAUUGAUGGCUACGGUAGAGCUGGGAUUGUUCAGGAAGCUGUUAAGAUCUUCCAGAAGAUGAAGGAAUUGGGCGUUGAACGAACAGUGAAAUCUUAUGAUGCUUUGUUCAAGGUUAUUCUAAGGCGUGGACGCUAUAUGAUGGCUAAAAGGUAUUACAAUUCAAUGUUGAGGGAGGAGGGUGUAGAGCCCACCAGGCAUACGUAUAAUAUACUGCUUUGGGGUAUGUUUUUGUCUUUGAGAUUAGACACUGCUAUUCGUUUGUAUGAAGAUAUGAAAAGUAGAGAUAUUUUGCCUGAUGUUGUCACUUAUAAUACUUUGAUUAAUGGGUAUUAUCGGUUUAAGAAGGUGGAGGAGGCUGAGAAAUUGUUUGUAGAGAUGAAGGGGAGGAAUAUUGCGCCUAAUGUUAUUAGUUAUACUACUAUGUUAAAAGGGUAUGUUGCCGUAGGCCAAAUUGAUGGUGCACUGAAGGUUUUUGAGGAGAUGAAGUCUUGCGGUAUUAAACCAAAUGCUGUUACCUUCUCUACCUUGUUGCCCGGGCUUUGUGACGCGGAUAAAAUGGCUGAAGCUCGAAAUGUUUUGGGGGAGAUGGUGGAGAGAUAUAUUGCCCCUAAGGAUAAUGCCAUUUUCAUGAAGCUGCUAAAUUGCCAGUGUAAGUCUGGUGACUUGGAUGCAGCUGCGGAUGUGCUGAAAGCAAUGAUACGUUUGAGCAUUCCCACUGAGGCUGGUCACUAUGGCGUCCUGAUUGAGAAUUUCUGCAAGGCCAAUGUGUAUGACAAGGCAGAGAAAUUGUUAGACAAGUUAAUCGAGAAGGGCAUCAUCUUGAGGCCACAUAAUUCUUUUGAAAUUGAACCUAGUGCUUAUAACCCAAUGAUUCAGUAUCUGUGUGAUAAUGGGCAGACAGUUAAAGCAGAAACGUUUUUCCGUCAGUUAAUGAAAAAGGGUGUACAGGAUUCAGUUGCUUUUAAUAAUUUGAUCCGUGGACACUCAAAAGAAGGCAAACCUGAUUCUGCUUUUGAGAUUAUAAAGAUCAUGUGUAGGAGAGGGGUUCCUAGAGAUGCAGAUUCCUACAAAUUGCUUAUUGAGAGUUACUUGAGAAAAGGAGAGCCAGCUGAUACUAAAACAGCUUUGGAUAGCAUGCUAGAAAGUGGGCAUCUACCAGAAUCAUCUCUUUACAGGUCCAUUAUAGAGAGUUUGUUUGAAGAUGGAAGGGUCCAAACCGCAAGCAGAGUAAUGAAGAGUAUGGUGGAAAAGGGGGUGAAGGAGAAUAUGGACUUGGUUUCUAAGAUAUUGGAGGCCCUUCUCAUGAGAGGUCAUGUUGAAGAAGCUUUGGGCCGAAUUGAUUUACUUAUGCUUAAUGGGUGUGAGCCUGAUUUAGACCACCUUUUAUCUAUUCUAUGUGAGAAAGAAAAGACAAUUGCUGCUCUCAAACUUUUAGAUUUUGUUCUUGAGAGAGAGUGUAUCAUAAGUUUUCCAAUCUAUGAUAAGGUUUUAGAUGCCCUCUUAGCAGCAGGGAAGACCCUCAAUGCAUAUUCCAUCUUAUGUAAAAUUCUGGAGAAAAGAGGUGCAACAGAUUGGAACAGCCGUGAUGAGCUGAUCAAGAGCCUUAAUCAGGAGGGGAACACAAAGCAAGCAGAUGUUUUGUCAAGAAUGAUCAAAGGAAAAGAAGGAAGUCCCCUAAAGAGAGAAGGAAAGAAGAAAGCUACUGGAGCUACAUAAUUUGUUCUCUCCAUUUUUCUUUUUGCGUUUUAGAGGUGAGAAAAAUUCCUAGGUUUUGGCUCGGUUGUAAUAAGUUGUUAUAUGAGGAAGAGAAUUCAUGAAUUGUUCUUUAUUUUAAAUGCAAAAUUGCAAUUUCAUCUGACUGACUCCAACAUUCUUCAUUUUUUAUCAGAGAUAUGUUAUGACUCACAUUACAUAUUGUUAUUAUUAUCAUCAUCAUCAUCAUCAUCAUCAUCAUCAUUCUACUCCUGUCAAGGUCUCCAAUUGGGUUUUUUAUAUUUAACUCGAUUCUUUGGAAUGAUGUAACUGUGAGGAGUGUGAACUGAACUAGGGUUUUCAAUCAAACUUUGCAAGAGUUUACCAGAAUUGUGAAUCUUUUAAUUUCUCUUUCAUUUUGCUUUCCCAAAUUGCUGUUUCCCCAUGCAAAAAAUACAAGGUGUUGAAUCCAUCUGACUUCCAAGAACUGCCAUAAUCAGCCAUUCCUGCUGAGUGCUAACAAGGCAACCACCAGGCAACUAGCACCAUAUCUGGUCUUAGCAUAAGUCUAGUGUUGUACUGGGCAUUUGGGGUGCUGCUUGUUAUGCUGACUAUGAGAUUGUAAGAUCCGCCACUUCCCAGAAUCUGCUACACCCUUGGAGAGUGAGACACAGCAUUGUUCCCUUUUUCUGUCUUACUUUCUACAGCUACUGGACUUGGUCAUGGCUGUUCAUAAAUGGUGUUCCUUAUGCGAGGUUUGGAGGAGCUAUUUUUUGCUUUCCCAAUUGAAUGCUCUCUACCCUGGAUGUUGGUGGAUUGUGUAUUUGAGUCACUGAAUUCUGGUCUUCUUGAGUGAUGCCAUUCAACAUCUAUAAUGAUUCAGCUCAGCAAGCCUGCCUUGGUGUUGCUAAAGCAGAGGUUUCUAUAUGAUGAAAUUGAAGCUGAGGUCAUAUCAAGUAGCUGAGCCAAUUCUGGUGUUAAUACAAUAAGAUUUUCAGCUCUGAUUACUAGUUUCGUAUCAUGUGCUUUCUCCAUUGGUCAACUGUUUUCUGCUUACCUUUUUUUGACAGUUUCAUGCCAGAAUCAUGCAGUGAAUUGCUUGGUCCUUCAUUCCUCUUUGCGUCAGACUCAGACAAUGCAGAAAAAUGUGCUGUGCAGCCUAUAGUGGAGGUUAAUGGAUUACACUAUCACAAUGUUUCUCUCCCAUGAUUUGAUUUGGUGAAUUAAAGUGUAAGCUGGGUGUAUCCGACCUGCUGAACAAUUUUUGGAUAUCAACUUUCACUAAAAUUACUCAAGAUGGGGCGGAGAGGGGGGAAGUUUGGGAAACACUUUUGCACAAGUAUUAUGCUCUUAGAUACAUCCUUCACCCCUUCUCUGCAGGAUUUGAAACCCUUGACCAAAGCCCUGCUUAAAGUGAAAAGCUUAAUUGCUUUAUUACAUUUUUUUAACAUGUACCAGGGUGUUACCAACUCAAACCUCAUUAUCGUCAGAGUGAUCUGGGAAUCAUGGGGCUUACUACAACUUAAGGAAGUACCACAAAACAGAUGUCGUUGUGUACUACUAUACAGCUGAAAUAAGUUGUUAAAAUAUUCUUCCUCUAGAAUUUAAUUUCACACUGAUUAUCAGUUAGUUUCAUCAAAAUCUUCCCAAAAGUUGCUGUGAAGAAAGAUAUCUCUGCAGUAGCUUUAGUAUUCAAUAUUUUGUUUUAGGGUAACUCCAUUCUUUUCAUCUAUAAAAUUCUUGUAGAAACUUCUGGUGUCUAGCAUGAAAAGCUGGUUUUGUCAUCACCAACGCUGCAUCCUGCAAGAAGCUAGAGAUUGUUUAAGAAAAUAAUUAUGGAUGUGAUG